GGCCUGAACUGGAAGUCCAGACGAUGGGGAGCAGGUUUUGUAGAUCUAACAGAUGACCAACCUUGUAGACGAUCGAUCCGCCACAAGCUUUUUGGACCCUAUAAAUGGAGCACGCAGCGCCUGCCAUCUCUCCCACACUCAUCCAAGCCACGGUACUGCUAGAGCAAGCUAGCUGCAAGACAUCCAGCAAAAUGGUGGCACCGAAAAACACCGUCAUCUUCCUCCUUGGGCUGCUCCUCUCCUGCGCCGCCAUGACCGGCGCGGCGAGAAUCCUGGAGGAGGAGGCUACCGCUCCGCCCAAGGAAGAAGAGCACACUCCACACCUAACCUUGCCGGAGCUGCCACCGCUGCCCAAGGUCGAGCUCCCGCCGUUCCCGGAGGUGCACCUUCCGGCCAAGCCAGAGCUGCCCAAGGUGGAGUUGCCACCAUUGCCGGAGGUCCACCUGCCACCCAAGCCGGAGCUGCCUCCGAAGCCUGAGAUGCCAACCAUUCCCGAGUUCCACUUCCCGGUGCCGGAGGCCAAGCCAUGAGCCUGGACUGUCUGUCUCUGUCUUUUUUUCCCCAUGUGUCGAUCUGUUGCUCGUUUUGGGUCCUCCAUGUGAUUGUUUGUAUGUGGUUUUCAGCGAGUUUUGCGUGUGAUGCUGUUGUAUACUUAUUGAUAUACUGCUCCCUUUGAUACUAAAUUCUUGACUCAAAUUUAUCCAAAUAUGAAUGUAUCUAUU